GCAUACAUGCUCAAGUACGACAGCACCCACGGACAAUUUAAGGGUGAAAUCAAGGUCGAUGGCAACAAUCUGAUUGUCAAUGGCAAGACAGUGCGCUUCUACACUGAGAGGGAGCCCGCCAGUAUUCCGUGGGGCGAGACCGACACCCCAGCUCAGUACGUCGUCGAGUCUACCGGUGUCUUUACUACCAAAGAGAAGGCUGGCGCUCACUUAAAGGGUGGCGCCAAGAAGGUUAUCAUCUCAGCGCCUUCCGCCGAUGCCCCUAUGUUCGUCAUGGGUGUCAACCACGAGACCUACGACCCCAAGGAAACAGUCAUCUCGAAUGCCUCUUGCACAACCAACUGCCUGGCUCCCCUUGCAAAGGUCAUUCAUGAUAAAUACACAAUCAUUGAGGGUCUCAUGACCACAAUUCACUCUUACACUGCGACCCAGAAGGUCGUUGACGGACCAUCCGCCAAGGACUGGCGCGGAGGCCGUACCGCGGCACAGAACAUCAUUCCCAGCAGCACCGGUGCUGCCAAGGCUGUUGGAAAGGUCAUUCCUGACCUCAAUGGCAAGCUUACUGGCAUGUCAAUGCGUGUACCCACUGCCAACGUGUCUGUCGUCGAUUUGACUGUUCGCAUUGGAACUGGGGCCACUUAUGACGAGAUCAAGGAGACCGUCAAGGCUGCUGCUGAUGGGCCUCUCAAAGGUUACCUGGGUUACACUGAGGACGAAAUUGUCUCCACUGACCUCUGCGGCGACCCACGCUCAUCCAUCUUUGACGCUAAGGCCGGUAUUUCACUCAACAAGAACUUUGUCAAGCUUGUCUCAUGGUACGACAACGAGUGGGGAUACUCUCGUCGUGUCUUGGAUCUCCUCGUCCACGUUGCUAAGGUCGAUAACAAGGCUUAGGAAUCAGGACAGAUCCAAGACACUACCUUGUCUAGCAAGCUUUAAACCAUCAGUAUCGAGCGAGAGCUCGGCCACUGCGUGCCCAUAUGAAUCAUGAUAGAUGUCAACUCCUCUCGACUAUAGUAAACCCAAAAAUCGAGUUGUAAUAACUACUGGAAAGUAAACAAAAUGAAAUAACAUAGUAGAACCUG